AUGUACAAAGUUUUGGAGCGGAUUCUACUGGACCGACUGAUUAAGCAUCGCGAAGAAAAAACGCGCGACGAGCAAGCUGGCUUUCGCCCUGGCCGAUCUACGAUUGACCAGGGAACAGUCCAUCAGUGUCCUGCCGACAUCGUCUUAGUACCAUCACGGUGCCCCUUGACUGAUUUCGAGUACGCCGACGAUGUUGUCAUAUUCGCAGAAAGCAGUACGAAACUUCAACAUGUUGUCAUCCUUGUAUCGAAGUUUUCUGCAGCCUAUGGACUACGUCUACGCCCUGAUAAAUGCAAGCAGAUGUGGAUCUCUCCGAUACCUCGAACAGGAAUCAGGGUGGACGGACAACCGAUAGAACCCGUCGAUGAGUUCUGUUACCUGGGCUGUAUGCUGAAGAAUAACGGCAGCUACGAGAAGAUAUUCAGUAAAGAUGCGCUAAGGCCGUUUCCGCAUUCAACUCCUUAA